UGGCGGUCUCUGUGCUGUCGGGGUCGGGCACUGGAUGAAGGGGCCAGGGGGCGGGCGCCUCCUGCUCCCCGCCUACAGUCCCCGAGCUCUGGCUCCGCCGCAGCGGCGCGGGAUGUUCGGGGUGUCCGGGAUGAAGAGCUCGAAGCCCAGCUUCAGGUCCUAUCUGCCGGCGGCUCAGAGCCCGCUGCCCAGCCCGGCCGAGGUGAGCCAGCGCUGCCAGAGCAAACUGCUGCCCGGAGAGCUGGUGGUGAGUGAGACGUGUAACGUGAGGAAGUGCAUUGCAGCGGACACGAGUGUACAUGAUCUGUACGGAUCUCUGAUCUGCACUAACUUCAGGAUUUCCUUCAUUACCAAGGACGUGACCCCUUUUCAGAAAUUUCAAUACCAAAACCUAUUGCUGGAGGAGCACGAUGUAUCUCUGACUUGUGUGGAACGAGUUGUCGCAGUAAACGAUGCUCGGAAGAAAAGGAAGGUCCUGAGCUCCAACCAAUUCCUUAAGUUUAAUCCCAAUGAACUGAUCAUUUAUUGCAAAGAUUUCCGUAUCAUACUGUUCCGCUUUGACGAAGCUGUUCCUGAAUCUGCCAGGAAGCUCUGCCUUGCGAUUGCACAUUAUUCACAGCCAAAAGAUCUUCAGCUGCUGUUUGGGUUUGCGUAUGUUCGAGAGCAGCACCAAAAUCCGGAUACCAAAGUGAAUGGUGAGUUUGGAGAUGGGCAACAGACUUCUCUGUUUGAAAGUUACACUGACUGGGACAGAGAAAUUAAACGCACGGUGGCUUCGGAAUGGAGAGUCUGCUCUGUCAAUGAGCGCUUCACCACUUCGUCAAGCCUCCCGGAAUAUUUUGUAGUCCCGUCCUCUCUGGCAGAUGAAGAUUUGAAACAACUGUCUCCUUCUUUUAAUGGGGGUCGGAUUCCUAUGUGGUGCUGGCAGCAUUCAAGCGGGAGCGCGCUGGUCAGAAUGGCCAAUGUCAGGCCCGGAGUCCAGCUGAGGAAGCACGACACCAGGAUUCUCAAGGCAAUAACUCAAAGUCACCCACAGAGGAGUGAAGUCUUCAAGUCUGACUUGGACAAGACGUUACCGUCGCUCCAGGAGAUCCAAGCUGCAUUUCACAGGCUGAAACAGCUGUGCAUCAGUGAUUUAUUUGAGGAGACUGAUGAGAAGUGGUCGUCUUCAUUGGAAAGCACUCGCUGGCUGGAGUACAUCAGGUUGUUUCUGAAGCACUCGGCGGAGCUGACCCAGUGGCUGGACAGCAAGCACAUAUCUGUGGUGAUUCAAGAGGAGGAAGGCCGUGAUCUAAGCUGUGUGGUGGCCUCAGUGGUCCAGGUAAUGCUGGACCCACAUUUCCGCAGCAUCCAAGGGUUUCAGAGCCUGAUCCAGAAGGAGUGGGUUAUCGCCGGCUACCGGUUCCUGGACCGCUGUAACCACCUGCAGAAAUCCGACAAGCAGGAGUGCCCGUUGUUCCUGUUGUUCCUGGACUGUGUGUGGCAGCUGCUUCAGCAGUACCCAGCCGCCUUCGAGUUCACAGAGACCUACCUGACCAUGCUGUACGACAGCACCUGGAUCCCGCUGUUUAACACCUUCCUCUUCAACUGCCAAUCCCAGCGGGUACAGCAGAGCCAGGAUUUUGCCAUCAAUGGGAACCUGCACUGUUCUGGGCCAGGGCUGAGGCUACCCAAUGUGUGGGAUUGGUCGCUGCAGUUUACAGAGAAGGAAAGGACUUUGUUCAACAACCCUCUGUACAUUGGGAAAACUGCCAGCUGUCUACAGAAUGGAACGAUUAAAACCUUCAGGCGAUCAAAGAGAAACUUCACCUCCUCUGUGUGCUCGCCUCUGUGCUCCGUCUACACCAUGAAGAAGGGCGUGCUCAGCGAGCAACAAGACUUUUUCCCCCGGAAGAACUCGAGUAUCCGGCGCACGGCUCCCGAGCUGACGCUCACUCUCCCGGACACGGCCGGCACUCUGCCCGCUGAGCGCUUCUUCAGGGACUGGGUCUCCAAACCCCUGGACCUACACGGGCUCCUGCUGCCACACUGCAGCAGCCCACACGUGCAGCUGUGGAAGCAGUGCUACCUGCGCUGGGUUCCCGAAGCUCAGAUCUCCAACGGCGGCUUCAUCAGCACUCUGUACCAGGUCUCCCUGCUGGCCGACGAGAUCCAACGCCUCCAGCAGUGCCUUCGGAGGUACAGAAACGACCCCCUCUCGCCCUCACCCCAGCCCGAGGGAGGCAACGUGUACUUCAGCCAGUGCGUCAGCGCUCCCGACUUUCUCUCCUCCUCUUUUCCCUUCUCCCCCAUUGGGAACCUGUGCAGACGCAGCAUCCUGGGAACGCCCCUGAGCAAAUUCCUGCAGAGCGGAGCCAGGACAUGGCCUUCCACUGAGACCCUGGCCAAUGAGGACUGAACUACAGCUCUUUUCCCCCCCACUCUCCCCACCACCCCAACCUGAGCAGCAGCUGAACCCACCAGCCAGUCUGCUCCCUCAGCUACCAGUGAAGGCGGACACUGGGAAUAGAUAUGCAAGAAGCUGCUUGAGUUAUUUGCACAGAUCUUUAAUGAGAAGGGCAACCAAGAAGGAAUGCUUUGUGAUGAGACACAUAGGCUGUUUUCUCCCACAAUCUGUGUAUGAACGAAACCUCAGGCUGUUUCACAGGACAGAUUGCUCUCAAAGCAGUGAUGACAGGAAGGAUCUCUCUGUGUUGACAUUGCUAAAGAGUGUUGCUGUACACAACAGGUACGGCCUUUAAUACAAGUCCUGAACUGUACUGUUCUCGCUCUGUGCAGAGCUCAGCCCAACCCCAGUGGGAGAGCUCAGCGCAGUCUGGGAAAGAACCCCCCCUCCCCCCACAAGCCUGGUACAUUACUCAGCCUUUGAGUUCCCAACUUCACAUGUCGCACCCUGUUUUACUUGUUUCUCACUCCCGCGCCUGCAGAUUGGCUGCUGGCCCUUUCUCUUCUGAUUCUAAUUUUAAUAUUCAGUUGCUGAAGCCUUAUUCCAGCCUGGUCCUUUUAGCCACAAUUGUUUAAUCCCCCUUGCCCCCCACAAGCUGCUGCUUUAUUCCAGUUCAGUCACUUGUCUCGGCCACAGGUGUCUGUCCUGCCAAGUUUCUGAUUGACAUCAGGCACUGGCGCAGACAGUGGCCACUGGAUUCUGGGUGAGUAUCAUUUGCUUACUUGCAGUUUGCUGGGUGUGGUAUUUGCAAGUGAGCAAAGUGCAAUUAGGAAUAUUAUUUUAAGCUAUAUGCGUGUUGUGCAGAUGGGAGAGGAGAUGAAAAACUGUAGAGCACAGGUCAACAAGUGGUGAUUCACUCGGCCUGUCCAGUGACUGUCUCCAUGCAGUGACUGCUGCAUUCUCCAAUUUCCUGUUCCUCCCCAUCUCCCACUCUGUAUCCUCCCAACUCGACCGUGGCACAGAUGUAAUGAUUUUGACGGAAUAAGCAGGGUGAGGGUCUGCCUUGUUCAGUGAUGUUUGUAGGGAAUGUGCGAUGCUGUACCUGGUGUUGCCAGAGACAUGGAAUUCUAAUGCAGUUUGUUGGAUCUGACCAGCUCCAGGAGCUGAGUAAGUACAAAAUAGGUGUUGGAAAGUGUUAUUCAAUUCCAUUACUUUAAUCAUUUGCUGACUCGCUUAGAUGUUAAACCCACAGCAGCCGGUGAGUGAGUUCUGCUGCUGCUCUACUAGGUAUUUUACUCCUUCCUGCACUUUCUCCUCACUACCAUUAAUUUCCAUUUGAUCCCCUUCACGUGUAAGUUCCUCUGCUUCAUCCUACUCAACAGAUGCUGACAUGACCACUGAAUCCUAAACUUUCCAAACCCCAGUUCUACUUAUGAACAGUUCACAUUGUGCCUUACGCGUUUUUGAUAGAAUCCAGGUGUGUGGCCGAAGACAGUCUGAAUUUCCUUGCAGCCCGACUUGUUGAGACUAAAAUAUUUUGACUUGCAUACAUGGGUAUGAUGGGGUCUGCACGUGUGGACCCAAUAAUGUCAUGGGUUGCUGAUAUGAAAGUUGGAUGGAUGUGUGCUUAUUUACUGCGUUUCAGUGCCUGGUCUGUGAUGAGCUUAUGGAUGCUGGGAGAGGACCUCAGACUGUGCCUGAGGACUGACUUUGCCCCUGGUAUCCUGAUCCUCAGCUGCUGGGAAAGUGGCACGAAUAGUGUUCAAUGCUUAGCGCUGGAAAUGAAUGGAAGCUUAGCUGUUUGUCAGAAUUCUGCAAGAGUGUGUGGUAUUUCCCAGGGUAUCUGUAGGCUGUUUAAUGAAAAUAAGUAUUGGGCUGUUUGAAAUGAGUUGUGAAUGUUUCGGAAGCAGAUUCAGUGCAAUUACACAUUCACUAAUAAUUGGCAGCAUUCAGCAUGCAAUAUUUAUUGUUUUAUGACCUAAAUAAAUGAUCUUAAACUGUUUUUACUAGAGAACCAUUGCAUCAAAGUAUUAACUGUAGACACUUAGCCGAGGGGUUGAGGAAAGCAAACUUGUCUUGUAGUUUUGAUGAUGUUUUAUGCUGACGGAAUGAUCACAAGUUACAGAGCUAUGGGGUGUGACUCUUGGCCUGGACUUGUGUAACUGGUGGUGGUGCAGUUGAGAGCAGUGACUGUGCAGCUCACCAGCACCUCCAGCAGGAAACUGAGUGUAACUGCAGCUGGUUGAAAAGCGGAGAUAAACAUUAUUGUGUUUAAUAACCAUAAAGGGACCUACAUCCAGUAGCUUCCACAGGACGAGGAAGCCCAGGUCCCUAGUGCCUUUAUAUAUCGUAGGAACUCACGUUGUCAACAUGCUCAGGCCAAACUUGAUGCGUGCCAAGCACGGGUAGGAUAGUUUCUCAAUUCUUGGGGUUUUCUUUGCUGACUAAAUACAAAUAAAAAAUAGGUAAAAGCACCAAUUCAUCUCUUGUGACUGCUGCUUCUGCAGCAAUCAAUAACUGCUCUCGCCUCAGUAAAAUGUGGUGAAAAUCCACAUUUUCUGGCAAAUUGGAUUGGAGAAGUGGUCAAGCAUGUGGAUACUUGCGAUGCAAUCCACGUACUUGUCAGUCUUAAGUCCAGUCCUGAUGAAAGGUUCCCAUAAUGAGAGUACAUUAGAGGACUCUCACCUUCAAAGGUUUGCUGACCGAUCAGAAAGGGAUUCAUGACCAAAAGAUGUCUUACUCCAAUCAGGAAAGGUGCAGUGGAGAUCUCCCUAUUGCCCCUAAUGUAGAGUGGGCCUACUGCCAGUGGUCGGUCAGCCUCAGAAUUCCCCGUCACAGCGGACCUGCUGGAUGGAAACGAUCCAACUGGGACAAGCAAGACAGAGGACCCUGCUGAGACCUCAGGGAGAUCUCUGUGGUUAAUGGUGAUUAGCCAGUGAGGGGGAAUCCAGAGACCAUGGUGCACUUCAACUUUCCCCUCCUGAUAGUCACUGAGGCUUGUAGACACUGCACAGGGGUUGACUGCUUUGGGGGCUAAGCUUUGCCACUUUAUAAAAUGGUUGUGCUUUUCCCACCUGAGUUCAGGUUAGGAGCACCCAAUAUUUACAAACAAAUGAUGUGCUUAUUGGCAAUAAAAGUUCUAGUUUUUCAAUAAAGUAGUAGCUGGUUAAUGCCAACAUUUUUCCAGGCGCCAAUUCCUGUUGCAAUAUAUUUGUGAAUCAAUCUGCUACAUGUGUUUAUAGUGCGUCUUCUCAAAUGUAAGUGUACUCUAUUUUUAUAAGACAAUGGUUUGGGAUGGAGUUUUGGAAUGCAGUGAUUGUAUUGAUUGCUGUAUAUUCAUUACCCGCUGUGGGUUCUGUUGUGCGAUUUUAUUUGAUUUCAAUUGCUUGUACUCUGUUAGCGGAUCAACACCAUCACACUCAAAAUAACCACAAAAUAAAUUGUCCCCUUUA